CUUCUCGGCUGUUUCUGAGCGGCUUCAGUGGCCUUGGUCAGAGGUUGGAGAGAGCGGCGGGGUAAUCCUAUAAUUUUUAGCUACAACCCUCUGAGCAGCAAGAAUGUGGAGCCGUAAGAGUUUAUUGUGCCAGUGCUAGUGGCAGAGACAUACGACCUAGACAUGUCUUACCGAGGCACUGAGCGAGACUUCCAAACCUCGGCACGGAGGAUGGGGACCUCUCUGCUUUUUCAGCUAUCAGUCCAUGAGAGAGAACUAGACCUGGUCUUCCUGGACCACAGCUAUGCCAAGCCAUGGAGCGCCCACCCUGAUGCCAGCAAUGCCCGUCCCACCCGUCUGCUGUUCGUCACUCCCAAGAGACACCAAGAUAGCAACGCCAUUGAGGCAGAUGUUCCCAUUGAUGUGGAAACAGUGACACCCACACCCGUGCCACUCUACGACAACCAGAAAGCCCGCACUGUGAUGAAUGAGUGUGAGCGCCAUGUGAUAUUUGCCCGCACAGACACUGAUACGCCACCUCCACCUGAUGACUGGGAGGAGCAUAUGAACAGAUCUGGCUGGACAAUAGCCCAAAAUAAGCUGUUCAAUAAAAUCCUCAAAGCUUUACAGUCUGACAGGCUGGCCCGGUUAGCCAAUGAAGGGGCUUGCAACGAACCGGUGCUCAGGAGGAUAGCAGUGGACAAAUGUGCCCGGCGUGUCCGUCAGGCUUUGGCAAGCAUCAGUUGGGAUACCAAGCUGACCCAGUGGCUUCACUCGACGCUGGUGGAAACCCUUAGUUUGCCUAUGCUGGCUGCUUACCUAGAUGCCCUGCAGACUCUUAAAGGAAAGAUUCCCAUCCUCAUUGAUCGGAUGCUGUUGUCCUCGACUGCAAAGACAGGAGCAGCAGGAGCUGAGGCCCUCUCCCUCUUGCUGAAGCGACCAUGGGAUCCAGCCAUAGGUGUCCUUUCACAUAACAAACCAAGCAAGUUGCCUGGUUCUCCCCUCAUCCUGUUGGCAUCUUCUGGACCCUCCAAUUCAAUGUUUCCCACUUCUCGGCGGCAUCGGUUCUGGCAGUCACAACUCUCUUGCUUGGGAAAGGUGAUCCCUGUUGCUACCCAUUUAAUGAAUAACGGCAGUGGGGUUGGAGUGUUGCAAUGCCUGGAGCACAUGAUUGGUGCUGUGAGAGGCAAAGUUAUGGAGAUCCACAACCAUUUCUCUCACAAACCAGUAAUCCUCAUUGGCUGGAACACAGGAGCUCUGGUGGCCUGUCAUGUUUCAGUGAUGGAGGACGUCAGUGCUGUGGUGUGUCUUGGGUUCCCUCUCUUAACUGUGGAUGGGCCCAGAGGGGAUGUUGAUGACCCACUUCUGGACAUGAAGACUCCAGUUCUUUUUGUGAUUGGUCAGAACUCCCUUCAGUGCAAUAGUGAAGCCAUGGAAGAUUUCCGGGAGAAGCUUCGAGCCGAGAACAGCCUAGUCGUGGUUGGAGGAGCUGAUGAUAAUCUGAGGAUUAGCAAAGCCAAAAAGAAAUCAGAAGGCCUGACUCAGAGCAUGGUGGACAGGUGUAUACAGGAUGAGAUCGCUGACUUCCUAACUGGAGUGCUCACCCGGGCAGACAGCCAUUCGGGCUCUGACCCUCGGGACCUAGACGCUGAGAAGAAGAAGAAAACGACACGUGACUUGGCCAGGCGGGAUCUGUCCUUUGACAUGCCAGAAAGAAGCAGCCGGCCAGCCUCCCCUGCAGCCAAGGUCCCGGCUUCACCUUCCGGGUCAGAGGACCUCUCCAGCGUAUCCAGCAGCCCCACCUCCAGUCCUAAGGCUAAAAUGGCCACUGUGUCAUCAGUUCAGAAAUCCAGUCAGAUUGGGGCUACCCAGUUGCUGAAGAGGUCCGUGCAGCGGACAGAAGCUGCUGCAGCAGCGCUGACCCACAAGCAGGCUCAAGCUCAGUUUGCUGCCUUUCUGAAACAAAACAUGCUGGUGAGGAAAUCUCUUCCUCCUGGCACCUCUUCAUGCCUCUUUGUCUCUUCAGAGCAGCAGUCAGAGGCCAGGGAGAAAGAAGAUGUGCGAAUGCAGCUGAAGAGGCACCAGGCCCCCAGUCCAACUCACUGCAGCAAAUCUUCCAAGCGAGCCAAAAUCAAGGUGACCAUCGUCUCCCAUGGAGAAGCUGCUGACACAGGGAAUGGAGCACCCUUAGAGGCACCGCCAGAAAUAGCUGCAGGGAAGGCUAUUGCUGCAACCUUGGGACCAUCCACCUUGGCUGUAAAGGAGGCGCCCGGAUUGCUUGUCACCUCCAAGCCAAGUUCUGCUACAGACAGCCCCUCUAUCAGUCCCACCCCCUUGGCCACAAUCCCUAGCAGCACAGCCCCGAGUGCUUUCCAUGCUCUGCAGAACAGGCUGGUGGCAAGUGGCACACAUUGUAUGCAGGCCCAUCCGAGCAACGCUGUCCAAGGGGCAGCUUCUGCCAGCAGCCUCCUGCAAGGCUUGAGCUUCAGCCUGCAGGACAUUGGCACAAAGCCAGCCGCUCUCCCAACAAGUGUUGCUGCUGCUGCUGCUGCUGGGCCUUUGACUCAGACCUCAGCGCUGAAGACCUCAGCCCCACUCCAGAACCUGAGCACCAUCACCACAAGUACAGGCACCAUCGUCCGCACCAUCCCAGUUGCCACAACCUUGGCAUCUCUUGGAGGCUCGGCAAGUGGGAAGCCCACCACUAUUCACCAGCUGCUUACCAAUGGGGGGCUGGCAAAACUUGCAAGCAGCCUUCCUGGCUUGGCUCACAUCUCUGGUCAGGGGACAGGCUUAAAAGCUCCAACCACCAUCACAGUGACUUUGCGGGGACAGGCCAGCCGAGUCACGACCCUCAGCCAGGCAGCCAUGGGAAGCAUCCAGCCCCAGCUGGAAGAGCAGCAGCAGCUGCUGCUACGGUCCCCACCACCCCCACCUCAACCCCAGAUUGCAGAUAGUACAGUUGGAAACUUCACCAGUGCAGCUUCCAGCUCCGCUCCUUCCAGCAAGUUGUUGCCUCAGGGGGAACUUGGCAAAGCCAAGGCUGGCAUAGAGAUGCCUCCUGCUGAACCAACAUCUCAACCAACCUCAGCGCCGCCACCAGCACUAUCUGUAGUAACCACCACAAGCCCCAUGAAGACGCUGUAUGUGAUGUCAGAUGCCAAACUGUCCGCACUCACAAAAUCUGUCAUGGCAGAGGCUGCUUCCAUCUCUGUGAAGCCCACAGCAGUCCAAACUGCCGUUGCUUCCUCCAGCUCCUCCUCAGCCCCCAUGGGAGCUGUGACCUUCGCCACCUCCACCCCAGCUAGCACACCCUGCAGCCUUGUGCAUUCCAAAAUGGGACCUGUUUUGCAGACGACAUCCAAGACGGUGAUACUGACUUCUACACUAACAGCCAUGAAGGGUGACCGAGCCCUAGGACAGAGGGUGGAGAAGGUUAAUCUGACCAAAGGCCAUGCACUUGGGACUGUGGAAACCCUGGGCAGGGUGCCUUCUGUCAUGGACGACAGCAGUACCAUCAUCCACACCAGGGAGAGUCUUGCAAACAGACACUUACUUCCACAAGGCAUGAUGUCUGCUGCAGCUGGCACCACACUUAUCACGUUGGGCAAUAACUUGACCAGCUCUUCCAUCAUAGCCACAGCUGGGCCUGCUCUCAGCCAGAAGCCAUAGCAAGGAGGCAUCCCGCCAGUUUCCCAUGGAACUGUUUGGCCUUUGCAAUGGAAGCAGGGGUAUUGUUCUCUCAUUCCUGUCCUCCAUGACAAGAGGAUCCUUCAUCUGUUUUGUUCCUUUGUCACUUUUAAUAAACGUAUCUUUUUGUGUACAUAA